UAUCCAUUGGCAAUAUGAAAACAUGAAAAAAAAAAUUAGAUACAGGCCUGUAAGGUACAGAGGAAGCCUUAAAUUUGGUAUAAAGCUUGCGUGAUUGUUUGUCAUUGUCUGAGAUUUUACAAGCCGCAAUGGAAGUUGUCAUAGUGUUAAACUCUACAGCCAUUGUUCCUGUUCAGCCAUAGACUGGCGUUAAAACCCAGGCACUGGUCCAAGGACUAUUUACCGAAUUGAUUACAGCGCGCUUCGACAUUCAGUUGACGAGUUUAACAUGCGACAUUCAUAAAUAUGUUUUUAACAUCACCGGUAGUGACCCCGGGGCCUCGGUAACGGACCCGUGGGGUAGGGCUGUUGAGUGACAAUUACCUUUGGUUUGGUAAUUAUUUGUUCGAGUUGAGAAGUCACCGAGAACACACGUACGUUUAAGUGUUAGGACAGUCCACAAAACAUCCUAAACCCGGCUAUACGAAGGACUGUGUAUGCCGUAGGAAAGGGAACGGGACUGUAGUUACCGUCAAAACUCGGAUUAUACGUAGAUCUGUGAGCCCUUCGGGUAUCGGAAGGAUUCGAGCCAUCCUUAAUAGGAUUUACGGAGGACUGAAAUUGCCAGAAUCCCUGAUGGAUUGUUAUACCUAGGAUAUAGAGAGAUCACACAAAACGUUAGCAAUGUCAGUCGCCACAGGACUUUGUAUAGCCUUACCGGCAAUACAGACGGAUCCUUUCGACGGUCAUCAUUCUCUCAGGUGGUCGAGGACGGCGAGGAGUGUUCAGGGAGAGAAACGCCCUACCGUAAGUAGGGAGCGUUCAUUCGUCGAUGAUGAUCAGGAAGUUGCUCACGUGAUUCAGUACCGACUACCGCGUAUCAAUGUAUCGCGUGAGGACUUAGAAAAUGACCCAAUCAAUGACGAUGAGAAGGUUUUCAGUCGUUAUGGGUUCGAGGAGACGGUGAGGAUUCCAGAACUGGGUCCAGUCGUCCGUAUGAUCAAUCCUCCACAAACGUACGCUCAGACAGACAGACAGGCCAACAUGUUAGUGCCGCGAUUCAAACAUGCCGCCAUUACUCCUCGACGUACUCCAUGGACAAGCCGGGAGAGGACAGACGACGUUAUCAGUGGAGUGAUGAGCAGUCAUAAACACCGGUCGGAUUCCAGCAAACCGGAACCGGAACACAGCCCUUCUCCCGUCAGCCGGAGCGAAUCUCCCGCCAAAUCCAUCAAAAGCAUCCAUUGGAUGCUUGGAAGCACCAAACACUCUCUGUUCGAUCAUAAGGGUCGGAGCCGAUACCAGGGUCCAUUCUCGCGAGAGUUCACCGUUACUUGUAUCGCCCCGACCAAUUGGAUGCGGAUGAAAUGGGGGCGAUCGCGGACCACUCUGGUGCAAUAAUAGACUUGACACCACACUUAGAGUGAUCUCCCCUGGGCACACUUGGCACACUGGGAUCACACGCGAUUCAUUCUGCUGCAGUGACUGUGUUAACCACAUAGGCUUUUCCCCAUCCGGAAAAAUUGGCGAAGAAUUUGAUAACCUUAUUUAGCAGCAGUUUCGUUUGUGGCACGCCCUUUUGAAACAUAUCAUGAUCUUAAAUU